GAGGGAUACGUCGUUAAUUGAAACAGGAAUUGGAUUCCAAACGUUGUCAGCCGAUCCUCGAAGGAUAACGCCCGGCGUGCAUCGUCUCUGGACGUUUGUUAAGUUUCUCGAAAUAUCUCAAGUCGGCAGAGUAACGUAACCGGGUAUAAAUAUCGAGCAGAGUUUCGGGGGCAAACAGUUUUGCAAGGCGAGGCUGCUGGAACGGAGAGCCCCGACCAUCCCAGCACUUCGAUGCUGUAAAAGAGCUCAUCCACGUUCUUCCGUGACUUCGGUUCACCGCCGAUCCCACUCAUCUGAGCUGCGCCCACGUGUCUUAGAUAAUAGCACCGAAACGGGGAAGAUAACGUUAGAAAGUGAAGCGUCGAGUGAGUCUCCGCCGUCUUAAAACCGCGACUCGUUCAACCAAUGUCGGAACUUCUUUGCGACGGCUCGAUAAUAAACUACGGUAGCAGUCGUCUAAACGAUGUUCUCGGGCCGAUAGUACGAGAAGCUUCGAUUAAAAAGCCUCAAGUAACCGCGGAUCUUGAAGUUUUGUGAAAACGCAGUGCACCACGUCGGUGCAACGUCGAAAUUUGUAAUGAAGGUGGAACGCGUAUCGGUAUCGAGAUAAAUCGGCAGUGGAUAAAAAUAAAUCGAACAUUGCGCGUGCGAACGAAUCAAGGUAUUCGGAAGAACACGUGUUUCAAAUGGCAGAUCUGAAGAUGUGGUUUCUCGCAUCGUUCUUAAUCAUCCUGCCAAUUUUCGUCGAAGCAAGAGUAUCGCGCAACGAUAUCUGCAAAUCGAAUACGUUGGCGGUUUACAAAUUACGGAUGGACACGCACUGGUCAAACGAAACGUUCCCAAAGCAGUAUCCGCUCUACAGGCCAGCUGCUCAAUUCUCACGUUUGUUAGGCAUGGUGCACGAUCCGUCCUACGUAUUAUGGCGUAACGGAACCGAAGCGAAACAGGAAAUUCGCAUGGUGGCUGAGAAGGGCGUGGGAGAGCUUCUGGAGCAGAGGCAAGGUGUUCAAGACGUUUUUGCGGCGCCCCCCGUUGUCCGAGGUGUCGGAUCUACCGAGACAAUCUUCUACUCAGACGGGAAACACCAUUUGGUCUCAGUGAUAUCAAAAAUCGUUCCAUCGCCAGACUGGUUCGUUGGAUUGGACAGCUACGAACUCUGUUCGAAUGGAAGAUGGAUAAGCAACGUAUCGGUUCAGGUCGGGCCGUUCGACGCUGGGACCGAUAACGGCUUCACCUUCACGGCCCCCGAUUGGCCAUCGGAACCGACGUCGCCGAUAAUUGCGAUCACGUCACAGCAUCCGGAUCACCCGGCGAACAGCUUCUACUAUCCUGAGCUCGAGGCGCUUCCACCUUUGGCGACUUUUCAUAUAACCAGGGAACGAAUAUAUAGAGCUACCGAUGGCCUCAAAGGAUCGAAAAGGAGACGGAACAAACUUGCUAGAACUAAUCCAGUUAUAGUUCCCUUGCCAAACGUCAUUGGGAAGGUUACGCCCGAUGGUCAUCGGCACAUAUCGCCUCACGUUAAACGUGUGCAUAGAAAAUCAUCACGUCAAGCUGUAGACUGCGUUUUGGGCCAUUGGAGUUCUUGGUCAUCCUGCAGCGCAUCCUGCGGAGUGGGAUUCGAGGUGCGGACCAGGAAACUAACGAAGCCACCCAAGUUUGGUGGUUCUUGUUCAAGAGAGAUGCAACAGAAGCGUUGGUGCGGUGGACACACGAAGUGCAUCGAGCGUUUCUUCAAUUGGUGAUGAGCUGCCGCAACAGAACUCAAAUUUUUUAUUUAGUCUUCAGCAAAUAACUCAUCAGGAGACACAGAUAUUAUCCCACUUCACUUCUUCGUCUUCCAUUUUUUUGCGAUUCAGCUUCUGUUUUACUGUUACGAUGAUCCAUAAGAGUUAUCGCAUUGUAUCUAGGUGCGAUUUUUUACCCAACUUUAAACUAAUUCAUGCGAAACGACUCUCUGUUUCCCAUUCUGCAUACAAUUGGAAUUCAGAGUUUCGCAUCAAUUCAUUCACAUCACAUUCUUGCCCAUUGUCGCAUUAAAUAGUUCAUGGAAAAGCGGAACUCAAGUGUACCUUAUCGGUAAAAUAUUUUUUUCUACUCGGCAAGAAGUUCGAGUUCCACGAUCCCAAUUUUAUUAUACGUUUCCAAUACACUGCCAAAUGCCCUGUAAAAUUGACAGCAAAAUAAAAGGUGUCGCGUUGAAAGAAAAAAAUAAUUUCUAUUUUUUUCACUGUAAGUAGGACUUUUGAUCCCAUGAAAAAUGUAACGUAUAUUGCACCGGAUACUUCACAGAAAAACAUAACUUUUCGUGUGAUAAAUUUUUUCACCCUACCUCAAUCUUCCAUGAUAUACGGGUUUACAAAAAGAAGGUCAUUGCCGAAACGAGUAAUUUAAAAAAUAUUAACAAACUCACAAAGAGUACCUUUAGGUAUUACUACUAUAUAACCAUUUAUGGAACAGAUCCGAGAGGACAUAAAAAAAAGUGGCUGAGUUGGUGGAGACCGCCUCAUUACGCAGUUGUUCAGAUACACACAUCGCUCUUUACGGUGGUCGUGAUCAUCUGAAACGGUGUAAAAUGUAGCGAAUAUAAUAUGGAAUAAU